AUGCGGGUAUGGCGACGCUCAUUUCACACGUCCGUCGUGAGACGAUACACUCCAUCAAGCCCUCUAGCAGGUAAUCGAUUACGAUGCGCCGAACUCUUGAAUGCGACCACCACGACGGACACCACAGACGAGAAAACAAAGGCACAUAAAUACGAAAACGAGGAAAUUACAUUAAAGGGAUUCAUUCGAUCAGUCAGAAAACAGAAGCGAUUCGCCUUUGCGGAGAUAUCCGAUGGGUCGACGGUUAAGUCGUUGCAGGCUAUCCUGACGCCGGAACAAGCUGCUGAUUUAUCGACUGGAAUGGCGAUCGAGCUUUCGGGAAUAUGGACGGCAUGUCCUGCUGGGAAAGAGCAAACGCAUGAAUUGCAGACUUCGGCGAUACGUAUUGUUGGCGAUGCGGAUGCUGAGACUUAUCCAAUCCAAAAAAAAUAUCAUUCUCCCGACUUUCUACGACAAAUCCCCCACCUAAGAUUACGAACACCCUUCAACUCGCUCCUCGCUCGAUUUCGCUCAGAAACCAUAUACCAGUUAGGACAGGUGUUUAGGUCCGUCCCACAAGGAGAAUUUGUACAGGUACAGCCGCCAUUGAUCACGUCGUCAGACUGUGAAGGCGCAGGAGAGACAUUCACCGUAUCGCCGCAAUCAUCAGCGCAGGCGCCAGGACAUUCGAAAGGGUCGGAAAAGGAACUUGAGUAUGCACAUUUUUUCCGCAACCCGAAAUAUCUUACCGUCUCGUCGCAACUUCAUCUGGAAGCAUACGCCGCUGAGUUGGGCAAUGUAUGGACAUUAUCACCGACCUUUCGGGCGGAAAAGAGUAAAACGCCGCGCCAUCUAAGCGAAUUCUAUAUGCUGGAAGCUGAAGUGAAUUUCACGAAUGAGUUACCCGCUUUGCUGGACUUGGUGGAAUAUUUGAUUCGGGAUCUGGCGCGCAGACUAUAUGAUACCCCUGUUGCGCAAGAAGUGCUAUCAGCCAAGAGAACGGGUGAGUCGGGCCUGGAUAGCAGCGUCGAUAUACAGGGAGUCCUUCGCAGGAGAUGGGAGGUAUUACUAUCCCAGUCUAUCAACUGGCCUCGAAUCACGUAUACCCAAGCAAUCGAAAUGCUUCAAGACGCACAAAACAAUCAUGGAGCAUCAUUCAUCUACCCCCCUUCAUGGUCCGAGGGUCUCCAGACCGAGCAUGAGAAAUAUAUUGUCGACACUAUUUUCAAGGGUGUCCCCGUGUUCGUCACGGAUUACCCCCAAGAAGUGAAACCAUUCUACAUGGCGCCUUCAGUGGGUGCUGACGCUGCGCACCGGGACCAAGUUACAGUGGCUUGUUUCGAUUUACUAUUCCCUGAGAUUUGCGAAGUUGUCGGGGGCUCGCUUCGUGAGCAUCGCUUACCAGAACUCAUCAGCAAAAUGCGCGACUACGGUCUGAUCAAACAUGACUCUAAGUCACCUGCCCAACUACAAGACGAAAAUGAUGAUGACGAGCACAUCCUUGCCCUCUCAAAGAAUUAUCCAUGCCUGCAACCGGGCGAAAGACUCGGCCAUUUGCAAUGGUUACCUGAUGCUAGCGUUGAUCCGGACCUCCUCAUCGAUGACAUAGUUCAACUAGGCGCACGAGGAGCGGGUGGAAUCGAGUUUUUGAACUAUUUCAAUUAUGGCGGGGGAGAGGGCCCGGCUGCCACCAACUGGACUAUCUACGGCUAUGCCACUCCAGACUAUCGACAGGUCCUCAAGGCCGCCCUUCAAGCACAUAAGGACCACGGUAUGUUCAUGGAUUACUCCAUGGGCCCACAAUCUGGACAGGGAGUUCCUGCUGAGCCCGACAAUCCAGGCCUCGCCUGGGAGCUUGUCUCUUUCAAUGCAACCAUCGGUGAGAAUGAAACCUACAUUGGCCAAGUUCCCGGUUGGGGCUACGGAGAUCUUGUGUCAGCCGUUACGUUUGCCGUUGUCAACACCACAAAUUUGAGCAUCCCAGCUAUAGUAAUACCUGGGGAACCUCUAUACUACACUGUCAUAGAGAACACCAUUUCAUCCGAUUCUCUAAUUGAGGUGACUAAAUUGAUCUCUCCUAAUGGCACUAUCCAAGUAACAGCAUCCUCUGUAAGCGGGGCAGAAUCUUAUUACCUUUACGCCUCGUAUGCACGAAGAUCAUAUGCAAGGGCAUGCAUCGCCUCCAGCGAUAACCCACAGAAUAUUCUCCAGAACGGCUCCUUUGCUGUUGAUCAUUUCUCGACAACCGGUGCUAAGGUUACGACUAGCUUUCUGGAGGAUUAUGUACUCAUCGAUGGCAUCGACGAAUUACUGAAAGAGGUUGGCCACUACAUCUGGGAAGACUCGGUCGAGAUUCCGACUUAUGUUUACUGGACUCCCGAUCUGCCGACGGUUUUUGAAGAGAGACAUGGAUACUCGAUGACCAAGUACCUGCCUCUUCUCUCUGGAAAUGAGGGCGAGUUAUCCGCUGCAGAGGGACCGAUACGUUUCAUCAGCGAUGCCUCUGACCAGGGUUAUGGUUUUGUGUCGGAUUUCCGCUCCACCAUGACCUAUCUUCUGACUACAUACCUGGGGUAUUUGAAUGACUGGUCGCUUCGCAAGCUCGGGCUUCAAUUUUCACAGCAGGUGGGCUACAACCUCCCCGUGGACAUGCUUGCGGCGAUCCCGUCAGUUAGCGCACCAGAGACAGAGACGCUGUCAUUCAGAAACAUAAUUGACGGGUUUCGACAAUUUUCUGGACCUGCUGAUCUUGCCGGGAAAAGUGUCAUCUCAAUUGAACUGGGCGCAGACUUUGGGCAGGCCUACUACCAGACGUGGACCCAGCUCCUAAUGGAGGCGAAGCAUUCCUUUGUUGCAGGCGUCAACCAGGUUGUAAUUCACGGAGCCACUUACUCACAUGAGUAUGCCAAUACCACUUGGCCCGGAUUUACCUCCUUUGAUUACUUAUUUGCGGGUCAGCACUCGCGCCAUCAACCAGCAUGGGACGUUGGCUACAAACAAGCCGGCGACUAUCUCGCCCGCUGUCAACAUGUUCUUCAAACGGGAACUCCAAAGGUCGAUCUCGUCUUCUGGGAUAAGCAGACAGCACAGGCGGCGUAUCCAACGAGUUUGUACGAAAGCACUGAUUUAGAGAAUGUAGGAUACACUUAUCAGUACCUCUCUCCUGAGAACUUUGAUUUGCCAGCAGCUUAUGUCGAAGGAGGGGUGUUUGCGCCUCAACAACAGGAGUUCAGGGCUUUGAUUCUUCGUGGUAACGACACUUUGACACCAGGAGGAGUCGAAGUGCUUACUAAAUACGCCAGAGAAGGAUUGCCAGUAAUACUCUCAGGUGGUAUAUCGACAAUCUGGGCAUCGAGCGAUGAGGAUGCCAUCCAUCAGGCAGAAAAUUCUCUUUCAAGCAUUCUGCAACUCGAUAAUGUCCAUCAGGUUUCCUACACAGGUCUUGCCAGCUUUAUCAAAGCCAUCGGCAUCACCCCUAGAGCGGAAAUCUCAUCUAAUGGCACUUGGUACACGCGUUGGAAAGAGGAUGCGGAGGGCGAAACUUAUGUUUUUAUAUACAAUGAUGGUAACUUUAGCACGGGCUACAUUUCUUUUGAGACUGUGGGCGUGCCAUACUUGCUUGAUGCUUGGACGGGUGGAAAGACCCCGAUCGUGGAAUAUGCGGAACAAGACGGACGGACUGUGAUUCAUUUCGCACUGCAAGAGACUGAAACCCGCAUCGUCGUGUUUUCUGCUUCAUCCAAGUGCGGUAAUGAAGCAGAACACGUAGUCUCCAGCUCGGAUUCAGUACUUGGCUACACCAGCACAAGCAGUGGAAUCUGGGCAAAAGUUGCAGCCGGGGAUGCGACUGCCAGUGUCACUCUAUCAUCCAAUGAGACACAGUUGUUGCACGCAAAUCCACAGCCAGCAUUCAGCCUCACCAAUUGGACCGUUGUCAUCCAGCAGUGGCUCCCGCCUGUCAACCUAUACGAUGUGGAAUCGCUCGCAAAUAAGGUGAAUGCGACAUUCUCUGUACCAGGCGCGGUGUUGUCAUCUUGGUCAGAUUUGGGUCUGCCCAACGCUUCGGGAGUUGGCUAUUACACUUCCAGCUUCGCAUGGCCAGACGGAAAGGCGAAUAACACGGGGGCGUACCUCGUCAUACCUCCAGUUGCACAGGGACUUAUUGUCACUAUCAACGGAAGGGAGUUACCUGCCGUAGAUAUCACUAACCCGACAACAGAUGUGUCGGAAUAUGUUGUGGGUGGGAAAAACACAGUUCUGAUUACAAUAUCUUCAACGCUAUGGAAUAGCCUUAUUCCUAUUUGGGAGGAUCUCCUGACAGGCGGCACUGGGCCGGGAUUCACCGCUGCAGAUUCUGAAGCUUUAGGAUAUGGGCCACAGAGUUAUGGCAUCUUGGGUGAAGUUCAGAUCAUUCCGUACCAGCUAGUUCAGAUCAAAUAG